ACAUCAAGUUCACUUUGACCCUCCAUCCCACAGCCACAGUCUGCGGUCGAGCCCAACAACAGCCCCAUUGUCCUUGAGCGGAGAGGCCGCUCCAGCCCCUGGUCCCCACUUCACUCCAACUAACGGGACCUCCUGCUCCACCGCAGAACGUGAGUGAAAUGCCAUCGCUGCCUUGCGUUUAGAAGAAAAGCCCUUCAUCCGUUCGUGCUCCGUUCGGAAUUAAUCAGCAACCCACUGAGGUAUGUGAAGGCCCAUUGGUUUCCUCCAGGUGACAAGUCAAAGUUCUGUGGUGGAAUAUUAACUUUUAAGUCGGCUUUAAGAGCAUAAAUACUCGAGGUUUUACACCCGGAGAGCGGACCAGAGUGGGACGGACUUGGAUGCCAGUCAGGAGCUCCCGAUGCGCCAGUAAAGAUCCAAACUCUCUCCAGCAAGCAACGCAACAUGCAGUCCAAGAAACUAUGUGGGAGCAAUUACCCACUCAGCAUCUGCUUUAUAGUGGUGAACGAGUUCUGUGAACGAUUCUCCUACUAUGGCAUGAAAGCGGUGCUGACGCUCUACUUCGUCACAUACCUGCACUGGGACAAGGACCUCUCCACGGCUAUUUACCAUGCCUUCAGCGGCCUCUGCUAUUUCACACCCAUACUGGGAGCUCUCAUCGCUGACUCCUGGCUCGGAAAAUUCAGGACCAUCAUCUACCUGUCCAUUGUUUACGUGAUCGGCCAUGUGAUCAAGUCGGUGGGAGCCAUUCCCACUGUGGGAAACACAGACGUGCACAUUGCUCUGUCUAUGGUCGGACUCAUACUCAUAGCUCUCGGCACCGGUGGAAUCAAACCCUGCGUGGCAGCCUUUGGAGGAGACCAGUUUGAGGAGGAGCAUUCCAACGAGAGGCAGAAAUUCUUCUCCAUUUUCUACAUGUCAAUUAAUGCUGGGAGCCUCUUGUCUACGCUGAUUACGCCCGUACUGAGAAGUGAUGUGCAGUGUUUCGGCGGCGACUGCUACGCUCUGGCCUUCGGGGUUCCUGCAGCUUUGAUGAUUGUGGCUUUGGUUGUGUUCAUCGCUGGCAGCGGCCUAUACAAGAGGAAUCCUCCUCAGGGAAACAUUCUGUUGCAAGUGUGCAACUGCAUCGGGUUUGCUAUCAAAAACCGCUGGAAGAAAUCAAAGCAUGACCCUAAGAAGAGGCACUGGUUGGACUGGGCCGAGGAGAAGUACUCGAAACGCCUCAUCCAAGAGAUCAAGAUGGUUCUUCGGGUUCUGCUGCUCUACAUCCCCCUGCCAAUGUUCUGGGCUCUGUUCGAUCAGCAGGGUUCACGCUGGACACUUCAAGCCACGAGGAUGGACCUGGCUUUUGGAAAUUCCUUUGUUAUUCAGCCCGACCAGAUGCAGAUGCUGAACGCUCUGAUGAUUCUCCUCUUUGUGCCCAUCUUUGACCUCAUCAUAUAUCCACUCGUUGGCCUUUGCAGAAUCAACAUCACGCCUCUAAGGAAGAUGGCCGUAGGAAUGGUUUUAGCAGCGCUGGCCUUCGUAGCGGCCACUCUGGUGGAGAUGAACGUUGUGAAAACGGUGGUGGAUCCCGCUCCAGCAGGGAAGUGCCUCCUGCAGGUUGUCAACCUUGCAGAAUACGAUGUCCAAGUGAAUAUGCCUGACAGCGACCUGUUCCCAAACCGGAUCAAAUACCUUGAGGAUCCUCCUAAUUAUGAGAUGGUGUCACUGGGGGCGCCCGUCAAGAAACUGACAAUUCCCAUCACCUACGGUGCUUUAACCACAAAUUGUAUACAAACGUUUGAACAAGAGGAGGCCUAUAGUCUCGUCCUAUACCCCAAGAGCCCUAACGAGAUCCAGUGCAAACUUGUCAAGGACAACAUAAUGAAAAGCGGAGAUGGGAAUCCUGUUGUGCGGUUCCUCAACACACAGCCACGGGACAUAAACGUGACAAUUGGAGAAGUUGGGUUCCACGCACCCCCCGGUUACGGAGUGUCUGAUAACAAGACUGUGGAUCGAGGAGAAUACUUAGACGUCAGCUGCACCUAUGCGAAAGAAAUGUGCCCUAACCUCGACCUGGGCGUGCUCAACUUUGGAGCUUCCUACACCAUCAUACUCACAGAGGAGUCUGGUCAAAUCAAGGCUCACAAGAUAGAGGAUGUGAAAUCCAACAACGUGCACAUAGCCUGGCAGAUCCCACAGUACGUCCUCCUCACUGCUGGAGAGGUCAUGUUCUCCAUCACCGGCCUGGAGUUCUCCUAUUCACAGGCUCCAGCCAACAUGAAGUCAGUGCUGCAGGCCGGCUGGCUGCUCACGGUCGCAUUCGGGAACGUGAUCGUGCUCAUCGUGGCAGAGGGGGCGGGACUAGAGCAGUGGAAAGAGUUCCUGCUGUUUGCCGGCCUGCUGCUGGGCGUCUGCAUCAUCUUCUCCAUCAUGGCUUACUUCUACACCUACGUUGACGCCGAGCAGCUGGACAAGCUUCACCUGGAGGACGACGACGAGGACGGCAACGAGAAGAAGAGGAAAAACAGCGACAUAAAGCUGGACAGGACAGGGAGGAGCACCAGGCUGUAAUUUAGCCACUUUACAAAUGCUGUCGUCUUUUUUCGUUGUUAUUUUUCUUGUGGAAAUGAAGCGCUAAGAUUGUUAUUCCCCGACUUUCCUUCUUUCAGUAUUUGUGGCAUCGUUUAAUAUAUUCUCUUCCUAACCAUCCCCUUCGUAGAGGAUGAAUUUUUCUGAAUGAGGCUGAACAUGUGAAAUAGUGUUUGAAAGAGACAAAAUAAUGUGUGAUUUACAACGCCAUGAUCGAUAGUGUUAUUAAACCAUGUUAAGAUUAUAAUCUUGUAUAUAUUUGGUGCAUGUCAGAAUGUUGUGUUAUCUAUGGUGCGACAUAAAAAAAUCAUAACCGGACUCCUGGAAACAACAACAUCUGAGAAAUGAUUUGUUUACAUCUCGCGUUUAUAUCAAUAUUAAAAGGACAAAUGUUCAGAAAAUGUGACGCCUGAGUUCUUGAACACAUCGGCGAGGAGACAGCGGAGAUAAAAUAGAAAGUAAAAAAAGAAGAUCGGUCCCCCUCUGUGCGGUUUCCUGAGUUUCAAGUUUGCCUGAACCCCUUUUAAAUUGGAAAAACUGAGCUUCUCCGACUAUGACAAACAGCUGCUGUGUGAAAGGCGCGUUGAAAAGUAUUCUCUUGUCUUUUUUUUUUAUGGGAAAUGUGUAAAUUAUGCUCAUUCCUGUAAAAAUCCCGUAAAUAAACUAUUGAUAAUGCAA